CAUUCACUCAGAAGAAACGUGUCCUUGAGGCCAGCCCCUGGCCUGGCUGCGGGACUCGGGGAGAGGGGCUCCUUAGCAGUUGUCGCUAGAGGGCUCUUGCCCUUGGCUGCUGCAGAGGGAGGGGAGGCUGCUUCAUUCCUAAGGAUAUGGGGGUUGAGCUUCCUGGGUCAGAUGCUGCUGCUGCCUCCAUUGUGAGCCGGAGCCCGCGCUGAGCAGCUGCUGCUCUUCCUCAUGAAAGCCCUCUCUGUGCCCUAGUGACUGGCACCAGCCCCCAGGGCAGCCCCGGCCUCUGCCCACACCAGCUCCUGAGCCGGAGACUCCAGCCAACAAUGGGGCAUGAAUGAUGCUAAAGAGGUGGGUCAUUAGCCUGGCAAAGUGGAACCACUGAAGAUGUCGUUCAGGAUAUCCAGGAGGGACUUCAGCCAGAGCCCAGAGAGGAACCUAUCUUGCGAGAGCCAGUUUGGGCUUGAGGAACGGGAAGCAGAGCCUUUGGAGAAGAAACCUCCUAGACUUCUUCAGGGCAUCAAGAAGCGCAAGGACUUUGUGGUGCACCAGGGAACCCAGACAGAGGAGAGCCCUAACAUCUGCAUCGAAUGUGGAAAAAGCUUCACGCAGAACUCCAGCCUCAUCAACCACCGCAGGACCCACACUGACGAGAAACCCUACAAGUGUCCAGAGUGUGGCAAGUGCUUUGGCGUCAGCUCCAGCCUCAGCCGGCACCAGCGCAUUCACACGGGCGAGAAGCCCUACUCCUGUCCCGACUGCGGGAAGAGCUUCAGCGACAAAUCCAACCUAACGCAGCACCAGCGCAUCCAUACAGGAGAGAAGCCCUACAAGUGUAUUGACUGUGGGAAGAGCUUUAGCCGUAGUUCCCACAAGAAGAAGCACCUGCGCCAUCCUGUGGGGAAGAGGUUGGGCAAGUGUGCCUCACCACAACAUGAAGGCACGGUGCCCAAGCCCAAGCCCAGGAAGAAGGUGGAGGUGCUGAACACAUGUACAGAGUGCUGGCAGAGCUUCAGCCAGAACGCAGACCUCAUCAAACACAUGCGCAUCCACACAGGCGAGAAACCCUUCAAGUGCACUGACUGUGGGAAAAGCUUCAGUGUCAGCUCCAACCUUUUCAGGCACCAGCGCAUCCACACAGGCGAGAAGCCCUAUACCUGCUCUGACUGUGGGAAGAGCUUCACUGACAAGUCCACCCUGACCCAGCACCAGCGCAUCCACACAGGCGAGAAGCCCUACAUCUGCACCUUCUGUGGGAAAGGCUUCAGCCACAGCUCCCACCACAAGAGACAUGAGAAAAUCCACAAAGGAGAGCAUCCACUACUGACCUACGCCACUCAGCUCCAGACUGCGCAUUUGCCCAAGAUGUCUCCCAAAAAGUCCAAGGCCAACAUGGCCAAGAACCUAGAGAAGAAGAAGCCCACCAAAAACAAGCGCAAGUCGGAGAAGCCAAAGCGGAGUCCUCCGGAGGAGGAGACGAUUGUCUACCAGCCACCCCCGAAGGGCGACCGGCCCAACCUUUGCUCAGAGUGUGGCAAGAGCUUCCUGCACAGCUCGGACCUGGUGAACCACCAGCGCAUCCACACGGGGGACAAGCCCUUCAUCUGCACGGACUGCGGGAAGAGUUUUCGGCAGAGCUCCACCCUCAUCACCCACCAGCGCAUCCACACGGGUGAGACGCCCUACGAGUGCAGCUACUGCGGGAAGAGCUUCCGCGUCAGCUCCAACUUUGUGCGGCAUCAGCGCAUCCACACAGGCGAGAAGCCCUACAAGUGCCCCAUCUGUGGGAAGAGCUUCACUGACAAGUCCACCCUCACCCAGCACCAGCGCACCCACACAGGUGAGAAGCCCUACAAGUGUGCUGACUGUGGCAAGAGCUUCAGCCGCAGCUCCCACCGCAAGCGGCACCUGCGUAACCCACCCGCCAAGGGCCGGGGCAAGUGCAUGCACCGUGGCACAGAGGGCACCCCACCCAAGCCUAAGGAGAUCAAGGUGAAGAAGAAAACCCCCACCCUGGAGGUCCCCAACACAUGCGCAGAGUGCUGGCAGACCUUCACCCAGAACUCGGACCUGGUCAAGCACAUGCGCAUCCACACGGGCGAGAAGCCCUUCACGUGCACCCACUGUGGCAAGCGCUUCAGCGUCAGCUCCAACCUGACUCGGCACCAGCGCAUCCACACAGGUGAGAAGCCCUACAAGUGCCCCGACUGCGGGAAGUGCUUCACCGACAAGUCUACCCUUACGCAACAUCAGCGCAUCCACACUGGGGAGAAGCCCUACAUCUGCAUUUAUUGUGGGAAGAGCUUCAGUCGCAGUUCCCACCACAAAAGACACGAGAGGACCCACUCAGGAGAGAACAAUGACACCUUCCUGCCCCUGUGGCACUACCCCACUCGUGAUGGGACAGUGAGGGAGAACGUGGAGAAAAAAAUCCUAGACAAGAUGCCUCCAAAACGAUCUGGUGGGAAAGUUUCACAGGGACACAACCAGAGAAAACCUCCGAAGAGUCAGAGGAAGUCAGAAACCAAACAGAACAGCUCUCCUGGGCAUGGAGAGAGUAAACGCACCCUCCAGGAGAGGAGCAUGAGGAAGCGCAAAGGCACCAUUGUCAGCGACAGAGCACAAUCGGACGAGCAACUGAACAUCUGCAUCGAGUGUGGGAAAAUCUUCACCCAGAGCGCCGAGCUGAUGAGCCACCAGAAGGUCCACACAGAAGAGAAGCCCUACAAAUGCAUCGACUGUGGGAAGAGCUUCAGUGUCAACAUAAACCUCAUCAAGCACCAGAGAAUCCACACAGGGGAUAAACCUCUCAACUGCCCUGACUGCGGGGAGAGCUUCACUGACAAGGCCACCCUGAUCCAGCAUCAGCGUAUCCACAUGGGGGAGAAGCUUUGCAAAUGCAUCGACUGCGGGAAGACCUUCAGCCGGAGCUCCCAGCAGAAGAGACCACUGAAGAGCCCUCCUGGGAAGAAGCAGGGUAAAUGCGCCUCCCGGCAGGAAAUCCCUGCCAGCAAGAAGGUCAAAAAAACCAAAGCAUCCAAGAAGAAAACCCCGACCACUGAGAUGUCCAACACGUGCACAGAGUGCUGGCAGACCUUCAGCCAGAGCUCAGACCUGGUCAAGCACAUGCGCAUCCACACGGGCGAGAAGCCCUAUGAGUGCACUCACUGCGGGAAGUGCUUCAAUGUGAGCUCAAACCUGAUCAGACACCGGCGGAUUCACACGGGAGAGAAACCGUACACGUGCUCUGACUGCGGGAAGAGCUUCACCGACAAAUCCACCCUGACGCAGCAUCACCGCAUCCACACGGGCGAGAAACCCUACGAGUGCAUUUACUGUGGGAAGAGCUUCAGCCGCAGCUCCCACCACAAGAGACACCAGAGAACCCACAUGGGAGAGAACUCCGUAUCCUUCCCACCUGCAUGGCCGUACCCCACCCAGAUGUACUGAGAUCCUUCCAGCAGACCUGGGCAGUGCGAUUCAACAUGGCAGGAAACCAGGAUGGCAUUUUAGCAGGAUGCUGAAGCAGUUUAGUGGCACAGUUCCCUAUUCUCUCCAGUACAGCUAUGCUCCAGGAGAGUUACUCAGGGGAUUUUACUUAUCCCACCCGAGUUGGGAUGGCGGUUGUGUGUGAUUUUACUGGGAAUACUGACUGGGUUUUAUCGAAAAAUCUGAAUUUAGUAAUCCAAACUGCUUUUUUAUAUAUUUGUUUAUAUCAUCAUAGUGCCUAAAAGCCCCCUUGAGUACCAAGAUCCCUUUUGGCUGGGCACUGCACAAACACAGAAUAAAAAAGACUGUUCCUGCCACAAACAAUCCUAAGGGUUUGGGUGGCUGCCUCCCUUAUACACCUUUGGCCAUCCCAACCAGCGUUGAGUGAGAAGAGGACAAACACCUCGGGUAUUGGGAUUUAUCUCCUAUGGGGGACUGAGAUCUUCAAGGAAUUUUCCCUUUCAGGGAUUAGGGCUUUGUGUUUGAGACAUACAGGAACAUAAGAUGCAAUACAUGUCUGGAAGAGACUUCCUGGUUCAUCAAGUUCAGUCCUCUUUUGUUCAAGGCAAGCCUGUCAUCUAAUCCCUGUCAAGAGACUAUCAUGCUUCAUCUUAAAGCUAGUUAGGUUUCUUGCUUGCACUACUCCUGUUGGAAGACUGUUGUAGAAACUCGUGCUUAUUAUGGUUAGAAAUCUUUUUGAAAUUUCCUGCCUGAAUAUAUUCAUGCCCUGUUCACAUUUAAAUUUUGUUUUUCUAGGUUAAACAAGCCAAGCUUUCAUAAAGCAGGCUGUCUGUUCCCCUGAUCAGCCCAUUGAAAACUUCCUGCGUCUGUUCCAGUUUGGAUUCCUCCUUUUUGGACUUGUUUGACCAGAACUGCACACAGUAUUCCAGAUGGGGUUUCACCAGUGCCUUGUACUAUGGCAUUGAUACUUCCCCAUGGAGGAAUAAGGUGGAAAGUGAGCAUAUGUUCAUUUUAUUUUACACUGUUGCUGGUAUAAGCUGAGGCUGUGGUCUUUUUUCUCAGCUGGGCAGGUGCAUACAUAACACUUGGAUCCUAUCAAGUAUUACACUUAGAUCCACCAGCUACCUGGUGAAAUAGGUUUGCCCAAGUACCUAGUACAAACUACAGGGUGUGAGAUAGAGGAGGAUGUGGAUCUGCAGACGAUGAAGGGCUUGAAGUUAAGCUUGUUCUCUAGCUGAGAGAUCCAGUUGCUGUGGGUCAGAUUAGAUACCCUUCAUUGCAUCCUACCUACCCAUCACUAUUCCCCCUUCCCCUUAUGCCAUGCUAAGCCCAUUUGCUAAUGUCUCUGCCCAUCUGAAUACAGAAAUGCAACCUAGGAGCCACCCUGUGUUUGCUCCCAUAGCUCUUCUUGGCCGUGAGCCUCGUUUUAACCAGAAUAUAUCCCUUCACCUCUUCCAGAGACUGGGAGUUGAGGAGCUUCCCACUCUCCCGCAAGGUUCAAGAGAGCUGGACAUGCAUGGAGGUCCUGCACAGCUGGAACAGCUGUACACAGGGAAGUUGGGUACAUGGACAUUCCCAGCUGGGGCAGAACUUUUCCCUUUGCUUGCAUGUAGCACCUGUGUAGUUGUGAAGUGGUUUAAAUAUGUGGUACUUUAAAGAGAACACACCUCCAGUUAAAACGUCUAAUGGUUGACAGCCACCCAUCAGCUCCUUCAUAAACCCACCCAGGCUAAGUCAGGAAUAAGGUUCUGGCGCAUUGUAAGAGCAAUGAACAGGAAUGGCACAAGAACACAAGAAGAUGUCUCCCUGCUGAUGAUUUCAGCAAGUUUAUUAUUGUGUAAGGAACUGGGGGGGGUACUGAGACCUGCCAGGCUGCUUCAUGAAGGUUACAAGCUUAGAAGCCUGAAUUGGUCAGUUUGAACUCUCCCCUAAUGCAGUUGGUCUGCAGAGGUGAUACUGAUGCCAUUGUGGUAAUUUCUGCAGCUCUGAAUUUUCCUGCUCUGCUACUGCUUGGUGUGCGUCUCUGUGACAGGUGCUCUUUCUUCUCUUCACUCUCCCACACAGUGGUUAAUAAAUCCACACUCUGGACCUUCGUAUGUCUUUUCUCUCUCUCUGUCUUUUUCUUUUUACAAAGGAGCAAGGAGAAAGUAGAGUUUCCUUGCUCUGUAGCCCAACAAGCCUUUCCUGCCAAAUAAGGGUUCUUAGCCUAGCUUUGCUUUCCAACAUAGCUGUGGGUUCAGGGCUUGGUUGAGGUCCCUGGAUUAGCAUCUGCAAGAGCAGGUCUGAUCAGCUCUCAGAUUUGAAUUGCCUACUAGGGAAGAAGAUUUCUGCCUGCAGAGGGCUCUUAAGCCUAGCAAAUAAAGCAGAACAAGAUCCAGGGGCUGGGAAUAAGAUGCAAAUAUUUAACAAUACAUAAAGCAGAUAUUGGCACCAUGUUACCUGGGGAAUGAGGGGGAUAGCCUGUCACUGGGAGUCUGUAAAUCGAGACUGUCUCUCUUUCUAAGACAUGUUGGUCUGGGCUGGAGGCAGGAGAGACUGGGUGAGGUUUUCUUGGCUGUGUGGUGCAAUUAAACCAAAUGAUCUAAUGGUCCCUCACAGCUUCAAAGUUUGGAAAUCACAGAGAAUCAUGGCACAAGCUGUAGGGGGACAAGUUCCAGUGUUCACUGGAAAGGAGUGAAGGGUACCAGUUCCCACCUGGACCCAGGUUGUGGACGCAGUCAGAGUAGGGUAUAUAAGCCUGCCUUGGUAGAAAGUGCCUAUUCCUAUAUGGAUCCAGGUUGGGGAAACUGGGCUGGCUCUGGUUCGAUUGGGGAAUAGGAUACAUAUAAGAGAAGGAAGUGGGAAAUGAGGUACAGGCCCUUUCUCUUCUAAGGAGCACUGUCUCAAAUGCAGCCCAUGGCAGGUGGGAUUGGUCAAAUUAAGAGAGUGGAUAAUGGGAUAUGGGCCUUUUCCCCACAGAGCAGGGGUCAGCAGCCUUUUAACAAUGGCAGGCUGUUGCUUGCAACCCAGCCACUACUGGAAAGCCCCCCCUCUCCCCCCACCAUAGUAGUCCUUCCCCCGCACCAUCCCUGCCCCAGCGUGCUGUUGACUGGAUGCAUGGGGGUCCUGUCACAGUAGCCCUAGUCCCCUUAUCAACCUUAUACCCCCUCCCCUUGGAGACACAUCACUUCUGCAGAGGAGGUUAAUGCAGUAGCCACCAGGUGUAGGGAUCCUCUGCAGUCCUCCUGUUGUAGCUGCUACCGCCAAUGCUCUCUUCCUUCCCACUCCUGUCACUAGCAGCCAUCAGCAAGGAAAACUUUGGCAGUGAGAAAGGUAGCAGCUGCAGUACAGGGGGCUGCUGGCAGCACCAACACCUCCCCUUGUAUCAGUAGCAUCUCAAGGGAUGGGGGUGAGGGGAGACAGGCCUAGCUUAACCCAAGAGCUGCCCCACAGCUUUGUGGACCAAAUCCAUUCUCUUCACAGCUACAUCUAGCCUGAAGGCUGUAGGUUGCCAAGCCCUGCCAUAGGGGCACUGAGUCUGAUCUAGUUUCUGGGCAAGGGAACUGGCUGGUUCAGGGAAUGGGAUGCAGGCUGUUCCCCAUCAGGGGCAUGGCUUCUAAACCAGUUGUCCUGGCUGGCUCAGCAGGCCUGGGGAAGGGAGUAAGAAAUCUUCCCUCUUCCACUGGGUGCAAAACUCAGUAUGGAAGCUGCCAGCACACACAUGCUGAGUGGGAGAUAGAAACGUGCAGAGGGAUCACCAUGAAGGACUUGCCAUGAAGGGUGAGAGUAGCGCAGAGUGAGAACAGGACUUAAAAUACUGGGAGAUGAGAUUAAGCUUUGGGAGAUGAGGACAAAGUCCCCAUUUGGAGACAGCCAGGUAGGCUGCAAGGAGAGCAGCAGCUGUGCCAUGCUUCUCACACCUUAAAAACUCCUCUGCCCCUUAGAUGCUCAGCUGAGAUCCCCAGGGGCUGGAGCCUUUGCCACGAUCACAUAGCCAGCUCUUGCAGAGAGCCUUGUGCUGGGAGGUGGCACAGGACAGUUGCACCCUCUGAGCUCACCACUCCCAUAAUGUUCUGUAUGGGCCACAGGCAAGUCAAAGUAUCCUCUAGGCCAGGGUUAGGUAACCCCUGGCACGGGUGCCAGAACAUGACACAUGAAGGUAUUUUGCUUGACACUUGUGCUUUGAGGCAGACAGCAGGGAAGGGGCCGAGGCUGCACUGCCAGAACAAGGAUCAGGACCCUUGUGGCUUCCCUGCCAUCUGCCCCUGGCACACCAACAUCUUACAAGUCAAGGUGGAGGUGUUUUUGGCACUCUGCCUAAAAACAUUGCUAACCCCUGCUCUAGGCCAGUGGUUCUCACCCUUUUUGUAUGAGGACCCAUUUGUAAACAUCAAUGCCCAGUCCAGACCCAGUGCCCCUCACUCCCGACCCACUAUCCCCUGCCCCUAGGCCUCUGCUCCCACACUCUGUGUGUGUGGGCGUGGGGGUGGGGGGCAUGUGGAGCCCCAAGCAGUCCCUUGAAGGCUGAAACUUGUUUCCCAAGUUUUUCUCCUUUAAACAUUUUUUAGGUUUGUUGAUCCUUUUCUAAAAUUUGUUCGCAACACUUUCAUAUAUUCUUGCAACCCACGGGUUGCAAAACGCUGCUCUAGGCCAUGGGUGCUCAAUCCCUGGCCCAUGAAGCCAUGUCAUCUGGCCUGCAGCAAUCCCGAGAUCUGGAAAUUCGGCAGUGGAGGAGUGAUGGCAGUGUUAAUUGCAGCUCUCCUGCUGCCAAAUGUUCAGGCCUGGGGGGAGCACUGCGGGCUGGAUAAUGUGGCCCUCUGUGCCAGACUGCCCCAGCGCUUGGCUGGAUCCAAGCAUACAGGAUUGGGCCAGCAAACAGCUAAAUUGGGGUACCUCAGGCCCAGCUGACACACAGCUGGAUUGGGAUGGGAUGGGGCAAACAGCAUAUGGGAUCAGGCUGGUGCAUGAUCAGGCUGGUGGCACACAGCUGGAUUGAGCCAGCCUGAGAUUAGGUUGGUACAUGGACCACAGACCAACUCCACGUGCCAGCCUCACAUGGGAUCUAACCCAUGGGCUGAUCCUGUGCCUCUCAUGUGGCCUGUGGGACCAGAAGGUUGGGUACCAUUGCUCUAGAGUCUGCUGGGGACUGGAGUUGAUGCCAUUUUGAGAAGCCACAACAAGCUUCCCGAUAGUCCUGACACCUUCUGCCUUGUGCAGAGAGAACCAGGCCUUGCAAGCACGGUACUGACUUUAUGGGUCUGCAGUACAGUAUGGGAAUAGGACAGUCUAGUGGGGUUUUGGAAGGGGGCAUUCAUCUGGCCAAAGGAGACCUACAUUCAAUCCCCACUGAAUUCAUGUGUCAACGGGGGAAAGUCAUUUCAUUUUCCCUGUGCUCAGACCAUCCUCUCUGUAAAACAGGGAGGAACACCCCUUGCCUACUUUGCUGCUGUGCUAACGACUGCCAGGUACUCAGGCACAAUGGUGCUGGGUCCUUGCAAGAGCGCAGCAAUCUACCUCCCCUCCACCUCAAAACUGCCUGUGGGCAGAUACAGAGCACGACACGAUGACACAGCAUACAGCACCACUUGGGAAUACUAAACUUAUUACCUAUCCAGAGUGGGGAUUUGCCUGGCAUUGAUCCCUCUGUGUAGUUUAUUCUAAGGGGCAGGAACAUAUGUUGGUGACGAUGUGGUGAGGGUGCCCAUAGGAAUUGCUUGAGCACAUUAGACUGGGGCACAUCCAUCUCUUGCUUCAAUUGAAGGGACAAAAGCCACUGAAGUGAGCAGCCAUGAGCUACCCUGUCCUGUGGGGAGCUUCCAAUGAUUAGUCUGUAGAGGCAGAAAGGUGUAGGUCUUUUGCAAAUGUUUUUGCUUAGUGCCUGCUACUAUACCUCUCAGUGCCCUGUUUUCCAUGGAAAUGUCUACUCUUCCCUAAACCCUGGUAAGCAGUUCUGAUAUAACACGGGUACCUGAGUGCAGGAAAGGAGAUAGAGAUGGAAGGGCAAGUUUAUUUUAAAAAAUCCCCUCAUUUCUUCCUGCACCCCAAUUCAAAUACCUCUCUCAUUUUUUUUUCCUUUCUCACCCUCCUAAAGCCAAUUCCAGGAAACAGCAUCCCUCCGCUCCUGAAAACAGUAAUCAUUAAUAAUAUCAACUGGGCCGCUGCUAGACAAAGCUCUUUCACUUUUUCAAAUGAAUAAACCAGAUCGAUGGAUUACCAACAACUUGGGCUAAGCCCUCAGCCAGCACAAAGUGCCUUUGUUCUGUUCACAUACUUGCACAAUGUAUAAUUUAGACACCUCGGUUAAGGUCGAAGUCCAGAGUCUCAUUUUCUUAGGAAGAAAUACAGUUCUGCACGGCUCUGAUGACAAGCACAAACUCAAAAAUGUUAAAGCCAAAGACACCAUUGCAAGACUGGCCUGCUGCGUAGUGCAGAUGAGAGAAUUCUACCGAGAGCUUGAAAAAAUGUUUUAGAUAAAUACUUUAUUUGCCAAAAUACAGUUUCACAGUGAUGAAACAGUUUGCAUGUUUGGGUGAAUAGCUCCAGAUUUAAAAAUGGAGCUAAAACAUUUCAUUUGGACAUUUUCUAAAUAAAACCAUUUUGAUUUUUUUGUUUGUUUUUCAAACCAUGAUUCCAUUAGGAAUGUAAGUAGAGUUAAUGGUUUUUAAAAUGGUAAAGCAAGCGGAAAAUUAAACAAAAUAUUUUGUUCCACCCAAAUAGAAUUGUUUUCAGUUUUCCAUUUGGGCGACAGGAACUGAAAGAUUUUUGUUUUGGAUCAAAAAUGAUGUUUCCCUGCCCUAAUUUUUCAGGUCAGCUACCAGACAAAAGAAUCAAUUGUGCAUAGUGUUGCAUUCACCUAGUGACUCCUACACCUUAAAUGUCUGUAAUGGACCCUGAGAUUCAUAAUAUUAGUUUAUUUCAUAAAACCAAAGAUCCUGGAGUCAUGUUUGACUAAAAAAGGAUUUCAGCUUGCACUUGAAAGAGUCAAAUAAGAUUCCAGCCUUCGGGGAUGCAGAAAGAAGCCUGAAAACAUGAACUAAACAAAGCAUAACCUAAAUCACAAAUCAUGACCUAAACAAACCACAAAGCCAAUUAAA